AUGUCCUCUCGCAUCCUCCCUCUAGUAGCAGAGCGUCAUUUCCUGUCGAGGAUCUGCCCUUUGAUCGGAAUCAUUUUACAUAUCGGGCCGGCCGUACUUCGAAGCGCGAGCGCGUCAGCACCCGGUGCGAUGUGGCAAUUCGAGGGCGCGCUUUCGGGUAGAAAUGGCUCGAGUCUGAUCAGUCCCGCGCUUCAAAACACCGACGCGUCCGUACUAAGCCAGCCCUCGCGGAGCCUCGCCGCACGAUACUGCGGUCAGCCGGGCUUGACUUUGCGACCGUCAGUCUACUCAGAGGGCCUCCACGGAGUCUAG